AUGCAACACACCUAUUAUUCAAAAUUGAUUUUUUCUUUAUGCAUUGUCUUUGGUCUUUUGGCUGUACAACCUAUUUCAAUUGUUGGUUUUACUGGACUAAUUAGUUUAUUUAAUUAUACAACAUAUAAUAUAAUUAGUCGAUAUAGUCAAAUACCUUAUUUAUCUUUUAUGUGUUGGGUAGCUAUAUGGGCAGCUAUUCUUCAUUGGCUUAUUGCUAUAUUUAAUACAGUAACAUAUGUUCGAUAUAUGACAAAUUUUACUGCUGAAAUUUUUGGUUUUUAUGUUGGUAUUGUUUAUAUUCAAAAAGGCAUUGAAUUUAUUAUAGAUGAUUUUCGUGAAUCAUCAACAAAAAGAUUUAUGUCAGUUUUAAUUGCUUUUGAUUUCUCUUUUUUUUCUAUUGGAUAUUAA